AUGGAGCAAUCAAAAGAUGACUACCGACUAUCAUAUGUGAGACUCGAUGAUGCGCCCGAGGCCGAGAGAACGCGACAACGACCAUUGUCCACGGCGGAACAGGUGUUCCUGCAGUCUCAAACACAGGGAUUCUGGGGUGCAAGCUGGACCCUGGAAAUUCUGGGGUGUCUCACAUCUAUUGGAUUCUUGGUCGCCAUUAUUGUGAUACUCUUCAACUUCGAUGGAAGGCCAAUGCCUGACUGGCCACAUGGCAUUACGCUCAACACCCUCGUCUCGGUGUUCAGCACGGUCAUGAAAGCCACCAUGGCAUUUGUUCUGACCGAGUCUCUGGCGCAGCUCAAAUGGUCCUGGUUUCGAGGUGGAAACAAGCUGAGUGACCUUGCACUUCUCGAUGCCGCCAGCCGUGGAGCUAUGGGAGCUUUCAUUGUGCUUACCCGCUUCCUGCCUCGCCAUUUGGUGACUUUCGGAUGUUUCAUCCUCGUACUAGCUGCCGCAUGCGACCCGUUCGUGCAACAAGUCAUCGGUAUUAAUGCGAAGCCUAUCCAUACCCCAGGCCGGUCAUCUAUCCAGGUCUGUAACGCCAGCCUGUAUUCCGACUAUGGCGAGGGUGCUGGGCCCGGAAUGAACGAAGUACCACUCAGCACGAACGGCGCAAUCUAUUCCGGCCUCUUUCAAACCCAAGCCCCAAACAGUAAAGAUAUCCUGGCAAGUUGUCCAACUGGAAACUGCACAUUUCCCAAGUACCAAUCCCUCGGCUUCUGCAGCAAAUGUGCCAACGUCACCGACUUUCUUCAUCUCAACAAAACACCACUUGGCACAACCCUCAGCACCUACAACUAUAAGCUACCCAACGGGUUAUCAUUCUCCACCGCCGAAAGCAUGAUGUACAUGAUGAACGCCACCUACAAUCUCGAUCUCCUGAAAAUCAACGCCGACGGCUUACCACUCAUCCUCAACUUCACUGCGAUCACUUCUCCAGGCUAUGGUGUCCCACCAGCAGUACAAAUCAGCGCGACAGAAUGUGCUCUUUACUUCUGCGUCAGCACCUACGAAGCAAGAGUCACAGAAGGUGUAUUCUCGGAAAACAGAACCGCAGUCGCAAGUUCCUCCAACACUUCAACUUCAUGGACAGACGCAACAGAUGACUUCGUCAUCACGCCAGAUACGUGCUUCUUCAACGGAACUCGCUACAAAAAACCUUACACAAGCCCGCAAGACUGCAUCUACAGCGUGAACUGGCUCAGCCGCCUAGCCAUGCAAAAUUCAUUAUCCCCUCUAAUGAAAGGCGAAGGUACCCUCUUCGUGAGCAACAGACCAAGCUGGACGCCCAGCACCGCACAGGCAAUCUACGGCACUUAUGGAAACCUCACCGAUAUAUCAACAAUGUUCGAAUCCAUGGCAUCCUCAUUAACGCUAAACGCGCGAUCGAAGGUCUGCUCGGCUUCCGUGAAUGGAACAACAUGGACCAUGCAAUCGUUCGUUCAGGUGCGAUGGAAAUGGUUGAUUCUUCCUGGUGCGCUGGUCGUGCUUAGUUUGGUGUUCUUGGUUGUUACUGUUGUUCAUACGAAGAAUCAGUAUAUCUGGAAAUCGAGCCCGCUGGCUUUGUUGUUUUCAGAUUUAUCGAUUGAUAGCUCCGGGCCAUUGAAGACAAGUCCGACGCUUAGGAGUAUGGAGGAUACGUCAAGGAAAAUGGAGGUUUGGUUGGAGAGUUCGGCGGAGGGAAUUAAGUUGAAGGCUAUUCCUUCUUGA